CAGUUGGUUGGUGUUGUCAAUUAAAGAAGGUAUUCUCAUCUGGAUGGCUGCUCCACUACUUCCAAUCCCUAAAGACUAUUACGAUUAAAUCGUGUUCGCAAAUGGAGGAGCUGAUAUCGUCAUCGGCACAUGAAGAAGAAAAAGUCACUCUACCCAAGUUAGAAAGGUUGGAAUUGACAAGGUUGCCCUUAUUGAAGAGCAUCUGCAGCAGCUCCAGUGUGUUGAUUUGUGAUUCCAUCCAGAGUCUGAUAAUUUCCGAUUGUGAGAAGCUAAAGAGGAUUCCUCUAAAUUUUCCCUUGCUUGAUAAUGCCCAAUCAUCUCAUCCUCCUUCCCUCAAAAAAAUUGUGGUAUUCCCACAAGAAUGGUGGGAAUCAUUGGAAUGGGACCAUCCCAAUGCAAAAGACAACCUUUUCCCCUUCUCAAUUGGGAUUCGGCUCGGUAAUCACAAGAAAGUUGGAGGAAAUCACAUAUGCACUAGUUGAUGUUGCUAUUGGGUUUUCAAUGUAAUAUAAUCUUUGUUUUUCUUUUGCUAUGUGUGUUGUGUGUUUAAAUAUGUCCAAUUUUAAGUGGAAAACUGGAAAUGUUUGUUUCUUUAUUAUCUGUGUAAUGUUGUCUUUGAAAUUGUGUGGGAAAAAGACUUGAAACUGUAUUUGCUUUUCUUGUCAUAUGUAUUUCAAUUUAUUGCAUUUGCAUAUCUCCUCAAAUUUCAUUCAGCAACAUUAUCAUCAUCAACAGAAACCAAGACUUACUUUCAUCAACAAUAGCGGCACACUCUGUUACUUUAUAUUCUCAGAAUUGCCCAAGGACUAGCAUUCAGUCCUUGCUUCCCUGCCUCUUAUUUCACACCUAGUUUCAAAUUCGAUAGUCUCCAUGUGUGCCCUUCAAGAUGUCUGCUCUGGCCAUGGACAGAUUGACUCGAUUUCUGAAGGUGACUUUUUAGUUGGUUACAGUUGAGUACUCUCUUUCUGUUUUUAUUAUAUCAAUGCUUUUCUUUUUUUGGGGGGGGGGUGAAAUAUAAGGACUUGCUAAUCAUACUUAGAGGCUGUUAAUUUAUUCUGAUGCAGUAUUUUUAACUUAUGGUAUUGAGAUAAUAUAUGAUGUUACACAGUGGGAAACAUUUGCAAAUCUAUUAAGAUGCUUGUUAGAAACAAAGUUGAUAAUGUGUAUGAUUCAGGAAGUACUUAAUUUUUUGUUUGAUUGACCAAUGUUUGUAUCU